AUGGAAUCUCAGAAGUUGGUAGAAAACCACCUUAUGAAAUCUGGUAACAAGGAUGAAGAAAGCCAAGAGCUCCACCAAUAUAAGGAUUGUGGAGAAAUCUCUGCGGGGUUCCUACUGUGUGCGGCACCAGCUUCCCAGAGAGGAGCCAUGAGUUGGACCUGCCCACGUUGCCAGCAACCUGUUUUCUUCGCGGAAAAGGUGAGCUCCCUGGGCAAGAACUGGCACCCCUUCUGCCUGAAAUGUGAGCACUGCCACAGUGUCCUGUCCCCAGGAGGGCAUGCAGAGCACAAUGGGAGGCCGUAUUGCCACAAGCCAUGCUAUGGGACUCUCUUCGGACCCAGGGGGGUGAACAUUGGUGGUGUGGGCUCCUACCUCUACAACUCCCCCAUUCCCACCCGUGCCAACACCACUCCCCUCAACCCCAGCAGCUUCAGUCCCCCAAGGCCCAGGACUGGCCUCCCCCAGCGCAAGAAAAGCCCUUCCCACACGAAGACAUUCACUGGGGAGACCUCACUGUGCCCCGGCUGUGAGGAACCUGUCUAUUUUGCUGAGAAGGUGAUGUCUUUGGGCAGAAAUUGGCACCGACCCUGUCUGAGGUGCCAGCGCUGCCGGAAGACCCUGACUCCUGGGAGUCAUGCUGAGCAUGACGGUGACCCCUACUGCCACAUCCCCUGCUACGGCUACCUGUUUGGCCCCAAAGGUGUGAACAUUGGUGAUGUGGGCUGCUACAUCUAUGACCCCGUGGAGAUAAAAUCCAAGUGAGAUGCUUACAGAAGAAGUCACCCUCACUCAGGCCUCCCACCAUCCCCUCCGUCAUCCAAUGAGAGCUACAGAAUUCUUCAGUCCCAUGGAGGUAGGGGAAGGUGGGAUUCUGGCAGCCUGGGCCUCAGCUCCAUAGUAGACCAGAAAGUCUAGACUUUCUCUGCCAACUCCUCCCUUUCCCAUUCCUAUCUGCUCAGAGGAACUGAUCAACCUCAUUUUGAAUGGUGGCCUCUUGGCCUUCCCAGUUCCUUUCCCCAGCAAAUUCUAUAACUUCAUGGUACUCAUAAAACUUGUGUUUAUUCUUGCUUCUCCAAUAAAAUGUUAGCUCCCAUGCCUUCAACUCUUCUUUGGGCAUGAAGCCUAGAUAGUGGGUUAGAGGGUGGGGAGUGUGGGCGUGGAGGGUGCAUUACCCUGCAAAGUGCCAGGGAGUUAGCAAGGCCAGCCAUGAAACAAAGAGCUCUGUUCUCCUGGUCCCCUGAC